CUGCCCGUGGCCCCCCCAGUCCUCCCGCCCCCAAGGGACGCGCUGAUGCCCGCCCCACGCCGCAGCAAGAUGCGCACCUUCCACUGGACGGUGAUCCCGGCGGAGCGGGUCCGUGGGCGCCCCAGCGUGUGGACGGCCAGCAGCCGGCAUGACCACACCCCCCUGGACGUGGAGCACCUGGAGGAGCUCUUUGGGGAGCAGCCGGGCUGGGGCCCACGGGGGCCCUUGUUGCUGGGCCGGCCCCAAGGCCAGGUCUCUCUCCUGGACUCAAAGAAGAUCUUGAACUUGGAGAUAUUUUUGAAGCAGUUUAAGAGGCCUGUGCAGCAGAUCGUGGCCGAUCUCCGGGCCGGCGCCGGUGCCCUGUACGGGGCUGAGAAGCUGCUGGAGCUGUGCAAGAUGCUGCCUGAUGCGGACGAGCAGGUCAAAAAACUGAGGGCGUUCCAGGGCCCCUGGCGCCAGCUCUCGGAUGCUGAGACCUUCUCGCUGCUGCUUGUGGGGGUUCCCAGCUACGCCCGGCGCCUGGAGUUGCUGGUCCUGAAGGAGGAGUUUUUCCCCCAGCUCAACUCGCUGAAAUCCUCCAUCCAGAUUCUGACCGAGGCGGCUCGGGAGCUGCUGGGCUGCGAGGAGCUGCACGUCGUCAUCCGCCUGGUCCUGAGAGCUGGCAACUACAUGAACAUGGGGGGCUAUGCUGGCCAUGCCGCAGGCUUCCGGAUGGCCUCUCUCCUCAGGCUGGCAGACACCAAGGCCAACAAGCCAGGCGUGGACCUGCUGCACUUCGUGGCCAUGGAGGCUGAGCGGAAGGACAGGAGCCUGCUGGAUUUCCCAAGCAAACUGGAGCACGUGGGGCUGGCGUCACGGAUCCAGGAGCAAGAGGUGGCGUUGGAGCUGCAGGGCCUGGGGGAGCGCCUGGCGGGGGCCCGCGGCAGCCUGACGGAGCUGGGCCCGGAGCAGCUGGAGCCCUUCCUGCAGCUGGCGCAAGCAGAGCUGGACGUGGUGCAGGCGGAGCUGGAGCGGCUGCGCCAGGCCACGGCCGCGCUGCGCGACUUCUAUUGCGAGGACGAGGCGCUGUUCUGCCUGCAGGAGGUGUGUGCCGUGUUGCAUGUCUUCGGGGGGCGCUUCCGGACGGCCGUGCAGGAGAACCGGGCGCGGGAGCAGGCCGAGCAGCGCCGGCAGCAGCUGGAGCGACAGCGGCAGGAGAAGCGCCGCUCCAUCGCCACGUGCUCGGUGCGGGAGCCGGAGCUGCAAGAUGUGGAGCUCAAUUUCCUGUUGACACGCACGCCCCAACCGUGCCGCCGGAGCCACGUCCCACGGGGUCCCCGCACCGGGCCCUGCAGCAGCCUGGACUUGGGGGCUGGGGAGUGCCCCGACUGGGUGGCCCUGCCGGAGCCCUUGGCCAGGGUGGCCGGCCAGAGCCGCCUGAGCCGGCGCCACACGCUUGCCAUCCUCCCAGCCCACCCCGAGCCCCAGGACUCCCUGGGCCCAGCACCUGCCCCCCCACCAGGGCCCCCUGCCACCCCUGUGGGCAGGAAAGGGGGCCUCAUGUCCUGGCUCCCUGAACGGCUCCCGUCCCCAGGGGCCUCACCAAAGGCGGAGGGCUGCUCCCCCGACACCUCACCCUCCCGCCCUUUCCCCAGCCUCUUCUGUAAGAAGGGGCCUCCCAUGGGGGCUGAGGGGCAGGCUGCCCCCGGCUCCCCCACGGCCUCCCCCAAGGGCGUCUCCACCCUCGCUGGCUUCUUCUGGCGCCUCGGCUUGGCCGAGAAGCCGCUCAGGCCCUCCCAGAGCUGAGGGGGCGGCGGUGCCGGGGGUGGGGGUAGCUUUGCCCGCCCCUCCUGGCUGGGGUGCAAGGCUGCCUUGCAGCUUUAAGGGGAGACUGCCAGGGGGCGUGGUGCUCCUGCCCCCCCCAAUGUCAUGGCCAGGGCCUGGGGACUUUGGUCCCCACCCUCCCCUCAGGGUGUCCUGGCCCCUGCCUUGGGCCUCCGCCGGGCACCACCAGCCGCUCGGCCAUUUUAACUGUCCCUGUCAGCGCCCGUUGCUGGGUUUAUUUGUUAAUAAAUCAUGAGGAACAUG